AUGCCAAAAGCAUUAGUUUACAGUUUGUUUGUGUUCUUGGCGUUACAGUCCACAGAUGCUAAAGAAAACUGCAACAAGGAAGAGGAUCUAUUACAAAGAUGUUCCAUGGCAUUACCAGUCCUUAGCUCGCCGGAGAUAUCGUUUGCUCUCACGAGAGAGGAGCUAGAUAAGAGUUGUGUUGAGCUUCGUGCCGGCAUCAAAUGUAUAGAUAACUACACACAACUGUGUAUGGGGAAGAGCGAGCAAGUCGUGUUCAGAAGAAUAUAUGCGGGCAUUAUAGAUGUAAUUCAAGAGUUGUGUUCACGAGGGCCGUAUCAAGAUGAAUAUUUGAGACACGCGGAUUGUGUCAAGAACGUGCGGUCGGAGUACGAAACAUGUAGCAAGAAGUAUGAGGUGACGCUGACAACUCUGAGCAGCCAUCAGAAUGAUCAGUAUCAAACGGACCAGAAUGAAGUUGUCGACAAUCACGAAAAACACUUGAGGACUGUUUGUUGUUCAUUCCAAGAGUACCUUCUGUGUUCGGAGCAGACGGUACAAAGAUCAUGCGGCGAUGAAGCGGCAAUGUUCACGAGCACUUUCCUUAAAAGAAUGGCUUCCAAUAUUAUUAAGAACUUCUGUCUCGAAUAUCGUGGACAGGAAUGCGGGCUGCCUGGUAAGGCGACUCGAAGCCAACACACGGCGACGUUAAUUGGCUUUGCAAUUUUAAUGCAAAUAAUUUAUAAAACUGGCAACUUAGUUCCGGCGUAA